AGGCUCCCUGUUUGCCGACACCUCUGGAAGAGGGGUUCUCCUGCCCCCUCCACGCAGGCAAACUGCUGACAGCGGCGAAGCCACGUUGCCAUGCUUGGAGGAAAACCGCCUUGGUUUCUUUCUUUCUUUUUUAAAGUCUAUUUGGGUUUGGUUUCGUCUAGGGUUUGGGCCAUCGCGUGCGGUUUGCUUCUACUCUCGGCUGCUCGGGUUGAGGUCCUGGCCGGGAACGAGCAGCUAGAAGGGCUUUAGGACCCGGCGCGCCCCGGGCCCGGGAGCCCCGGGGCGGAGAGGCUUGAAUGAGAGGCUGGAGGGGGAUCUCGGCUGAAAGGACUCACGGCGGAAUAGCUCCGCUGUCGCCAGGCAACCGCCCUGACGCAACGCUAAAAAAAAAAAAAAAAAAAGUCCCUUAAAAAAAGAAUAGUGCUGAGAAUUCACCGUAGCACGAGAGAAAGGGAGGCAGAAGCCGGCUCAGCCCCGAAGCCGGGGCCAGAGGCUGCGGAGGAGCCGGGAGCCCGCUUCGAAGGGAGAAGGCGGGGACCUGAUGACACCCCUGGAGGGGGCCUCGGAGCGCACGGGGAAGGUGUGGACAAGGGAGCUCUGAGUGAUAACCUGAGGUGCAGCCAGUUAGCACAGGACUUGCAAACCAAGCUUCACUGGGAGAAACGCCUGAGAGAGCACGGAUGAGUGGGUUCCUCUGUCCCUGCCCCCUGUGAGUGUGACUUCGUGACAAGGUCCCACACCAGCCAGCAGCUUCCCGCCGCCUGCCCUUCCUGCGAAGCGGACGGGGUCCAUCCUGCAUCCCCACUGGCGUCUGAUCUGCCUGCCCCUCCAGCACUGAUAGAUCUUGGCAAAGCUGCCCCUGAAGAUUCCUGCUAAUGCUUGUCUGUUCCUGCCUCUUGCAAAGCAUGGCGCCCACAGCACUCCAGGAAGCCUCUUAAGCCCUGAACGUCAGCAGCUGCUCCAGUGGACACUGUGCAGGUCCACUCCGCCCCCUCUGGACUCCUGGAGCUGCGCCCUUCCUAGCGAUGCCCUUGGGAGCCUCGGCCCCCACUGGAUGAGACCCUUUCAGAGCAGGACUCGACCUUGCUGCCCACCAAGAAUCCCACGGCACCUUCCACCACCUCUCAUGUCUGGCUGUCCGGGCAGGUUCUAGAAUGUCUAUGCCCCAGAUCCAAGUAGAAGAAGUGGCCAGUGGGGAAGAAGGGCCGGCAGGAACAACCCCACCUCCAGAUGACCACCUCCGGAGCCUGAAGGCCCUCACGGAGAAACUGAGGCUGGAAACCCGCAGGCCUUCCUACCUGGAGUGGCAGGCCAGGCUGGAGGAGCAGACGUGGCCCUUCCCAAGGCCGGCAGCCGAGCCACGGGGCUCUGCAGAGGAGGAACCCUCGCUCUUGCGAAAGAGGGCACUCAGGCCGCAUCCCCCACCUAACGGGAGGGCUAACCAGGAUGAUGGGCCCCCGCCCACUGGCAAGCUGGAGGGCUUUGAGAGCAUCGACGAAGCUAUAGCCUGGCUCAGGAAGGAACUGAUGGAGAUGCGGCUUCAGGACCAGCAGCUGGCGCGGCAGCUCAUGCGCCUGCGCAGUGACAUCCACAAGCUGAAGAUCGAACAGACCUGCGACCUCCACCGGCGGAUGCUCAACGACGCCACCUACGAGCUCGAGGAGCGGGACGAGCUGUCCGACCUCUUCUGCGACGCUCCCCUCGCCUCCUCCUUCAGUCUUUCUGCACCACUCAAACUCAUCGGGGUCACCAAGAUGAACAUCAACUCCCGCAGGUUUUCUCUGUGCUGAGACGCCCUAGACCGGGCGGUGGAGCCAGAACGAGGGUUUGGGAGGUGGACCGGGGAUGUAGGAAGGGCGCUGAGGCCCAGCUACCCCAGUGGGUCUCUCCGGAGGCAGGGUGUCCCCGGGACAAGUGCUCUCAGAGCCCAGCUGUGGAGCCCAGUGUCCCCAUGCCUGACCCUGGUUUAAUACCCAGAGUCCUGCAGAAGGGCUGCUCCAUCCGAUGUUCAGUGAGACCUCGGUACCCCACGCACACGUCUCAUCCCCCCACUCAAUAACCCAGAUUCCAGUUUCCCGGAAUCACUGGUGCUAUGACCUGGGAACCCAAAGUGGGUGGGGGGCAAAGCUGUGAUUCUUGCAGAAGGCUUCCCCAAGGACACCGAACCCCAGAAGGGAGGUGAUUAGAUACGUCAGUGGCGCCCAUGACACUGUCACUGUGCUCUGAGGCUCGCUUCACCCUAAGUGGCUGACUCAGCAACCUCAACAGGGACCCACCAGCAAAGGAAAAUCAAGAGGAAUAACAGGUGGCACUUAGGGAAGCAGGCCCCACCUGCCACCAGUGCCCUGGGCAAGGUCUUGGACCUUGGCCCCACAGGUGCCAGGUAAAUUGUUUCCAGUAUGUGGGGUCCCACCCGUGUAGCCACAUACACCUGUCCCAACCUCCAAAGAACCCCUUUGCUGUCACCCCACAACCUGGGAUUGGGAGGGCCUAGGGGUGGGCUUCCCUGGGGGGCCAGCAGAGGCCUCCUGGUGGAUUCUGACGUUGUUACCUCCGUCACCUUCGUGCCCUCCGCAGAAGCUCUCCCUGAGCCUCCUCUGAGAUUCUGUGCCUGAUUUAAACACCUGACUUUACCUGAAUCAGACUGUUACUAACCUAUGGUCAGCUUGUUUAAACUGUUUGAUUUUUGCCCAAAUGGUGAACCGGUGGGUAAGUCAAGUUUGACAGAGGUUUAGGGUUUGGUUUAAAAGGUUCUCCCUAAGGACAGGUGGGAGAGUCAGCAAGGUGAGGACUGAGCCCUCCACAGUUUAGGAAGUUAACCUAGUGCAAUGCCCUGUGCCUGGGGUUUUGGGUGUUUGACCCAAAGUCUUUGAUCCUUCUAGCCAAGCCCUCUGGUUCAUAGAGGAAUAAGAGGGGCUAGUGGAGGGGAGGCCCCCCACCCGCACCCCCGAGGCUCCUCAGCUCUUUAGUGGCUGUAGAAUAUGGAUGUGUUAAUUAAAAUCAUUAUUGAUAAUGCCUACAUGGAUCAUGUAUCAAUGAACUUGAAUUCCAAAGAUGGUACUAAGGCUUUGCCAAACCACGAACUACCAAGCUGUCUACUCUCUGGCUCACUCAACCCUGUCACCUCCCAAGUUGAAACUCUGCUUGUGGUCAGCAUUCCGUCAUCGACAUGAGGUGCCCUAUUGCUCUGCCUUUCCUGCUUCGUCCUCCUGUAGAGUUUCAUCAAGGCCCAUGCAUACUUGCACGCACACACACACCAUGACCCAUGCUGGGGAAAGGUUGGUUUCCUCUUGUGGGCUGGGAGUAGGAGUUUGUAAAUGAUUGGUCCCUGGUUAGACAGAGGAUAAUUUGGUGUUUCCUUGUGAUUUCUAAGAGCCAGAGGGUUUAUGCUUCCUUCAAAGAUGCUACAACCACAUAGCCAAGAUCUGUUUCAAGCUGACUCUGAGCAGUGGCAGAAGUCUGAGGCCCUGAGGUCCAUGGAGAAGGCCUCGGUGGAAGGGCAGCCAGCCCCACUCCUGUCCUCAACCCAGCGAUGCCUUCCCUCGGGGGUUCUGUACAGAUGCUGCCAAGCCCUACAGAGGCACGCCUGCCAGCCUUCCUCCAGAAGAGCCCUUGAGGUCGUGGGGUAUCAGGCUGGGCUGCACACACUCACACCCACUCUACAGAGACGUGACCAUAUACACACCCAACCCACACGGGCAAGCCCAUUCCGUAUUCUGGAAGAGAAGUGCCCAACUGGUUAUUUUUCUUUCUAGAAACCAGUCAUUACACUAACUGAAAAAGCUGGAAUCAACCAAAGCUGAGUGAUCUAGCUGAAUGGCAUCAAGUCAGUGGAUGAGUCAACUGGGCAGUUCAGUUGCUCAGUUAACCUAAUGAUUCCUUUCUUUGAGAUCAAGGCACACACCUUUUGGAAUAGGUUAGUUGUCUGAGCUAUUGUGCUUAGUUCAUCCCCAAGGAAUCUUACUUUGGGAUAAGGGAGGAGGGGAUCAGGAAGAGAAGCCCAGGGAAAAGACAGGUGUGUUUUCUUACUCAUUGUGCAGCAUCUGUUAGCAGCCCUAUUUCCAAGGUGAAUGCAGGCAACUAACCAGGUCAGUUUGGCUCUGUGAAGUCCCUGCCUCGUGUGGUCAAGAGAUGUCUGAGUCAGUCCCAGCCUAACCGUCAUCACCUCAGAGCAGCCUUCCAGCUCUACCAUGUGUAUACAGUCCUGUUGCAGUUUUACUCAUUAUCUGCCCAUCUUUCUGACACCCCCAAGAACCCCUGGGUGUAAAACUCAAAGUCUGCAUCGACACUGCCAAGUGGGGCAAUGUCUGACACGUUCGUGGACUCAGCAGUGAUCCCAGAGGCCUGGGGAGCCUGGACAGGCUUGAGAUGACCUGACCCUGCCCCGGACCUCCUCCCUGUAGCAAUACCAAGUGCUAUUAUGUAAUCGAUGGACAAUUUAUAAUUUUAUUUUUUAUGAUUGUUUCUAUAUUGCUGUUAGCAAAAGUGAAAUUAAAAUAUUUCAAAAGGA